AUGUUUUCUCUUUAUAUGGCACAAAAAGAAGAAUUUCAACGCCAUUGUUUGCUCGUGUUUGAUGAAAUUUCCACUCGCGAGAGUAUUGCAGUUAACUCGGCAAAUCUUACAUAUACAGGUCUAGUCGAUUUUGGUGAAGAAGGUGAGAAAGGAAAAACUUUCAGUGAUAAAGCAAAUCAUGGAUUAGUAUUUAUGUUCAUACCAUUAGAAGAUAAUUAUGCCCAACCCGUUGGUGUUUUUGCAUCAAAGGGACCGACUAAAGGUGUAGUACUAACUCAGUUAGUAAUAAAAGCUAUCACAGUACUCGAAAAAGCAGGAGCGUUUAUCCAUGGAAUUGUAUGUGACGGGGCAGCCCCAAAUCGAAAAUUUUGGAGCGAAAUGGGAAUAUGUGGAAAAAUUAAUAAAGUUAAAAAUUGGUUUGAGCACCCAACAGAUGAAAAACGGAAAAUAUUUGUGUUCUCUGAUACGCCACAUUUAUUUAAGAAUAUCAGAAAUAGGCUCUAUAAUAAUAAAGAGCUCAAGAUUCAUGAAAAUGAACCACCAGUAAAAUGGGAUCAUUUUGUAAAUGUUUACAAUUUGGAUAAACUGAAUCCUGGGAAUUUAAAAGUUUGUCCUAAAUUAUCUGCAUCUCAUAUAGUUUUGAACAGUUCUGCAAAAAUGCGUGUUCGUCUUGCUGUGCAGAUUCUUAGUAACUCAAUGGCAAAGAGUCUUGAGUUUUAUCGCUCUUAUAGUCCUCAGUUAAGCGAUUCUACAGCAACUGAGAAUUUUUGCUUGAAAAUGAAUGCAGCGUUUGAUGCAUUAAAUCGAAAGCUAAAGAAUGAAGGAGUGUCGCCAAAUAGUGAUGAUUAUAAAAUUUUACAAAAUACUCUGGAGUGGUUGAAUGAAUGGGAACAGCGUGUUAUUGAUAACAAAAUAAAGCCAAAACACUUUCUUACCAAUAAUACUUCAGAAGGGCUAAGGGUAACUUUGACUUCCACUCUAGAAAUUUGCACUUACUUAAAAGAAAAAUAUGGUAUACAAUACAUUCUUACUGGAAAAAUUAAUCAAGAUGAUGUGGAAUUGUUUUCCAAGUAUUGUGAAAUGGCAGACGUUUUAGAGCUAAUACUCACCGAACUGUUAGAAGACACUCUUUAUUUUCCUUGUUUUCAACACAGUGAAGAAAUAAUAGCUUUUACUAUCAAAUAUUAUAUAAAUAUGAGAAUGCGACAGUUUUCGCAAAGCUAUAAUUCCGAAGCACAAAAAGAAAAUAUGAACAAAAAGAAGAUAGCAAAAUUCACAUUAACAUAA